AUGAAGAUAUGUCUACGCUACCUCGGUGACCCUGGAUAUCAACAAGGUAUUGGUCAGGAACUUGGUGUUAGUCAAGCAACGGUAUCUCGGACUGUGGACAGAGUUGUGAACAGCAUAGUUGCACAGUCGAACGAAUGGAUCAAGUUUCCAACUACCAACCAUGAACUGAUGGAGGCCAAGCGGAUAUGGCAAAGCAUGUAUACAUAA